AGGUUACUACAGAAACGUUUGCUCGUCUCUGCCAUGCGCAGUUCAGGCUGGUCGCAAAUGGUACUGUACAAACGAAUAUGGCAGUGAUUCGGUUGUUAGAUGAAGGAAGGAUUGGGCGUAGUAGUGAUUCAUCGUAAUCAUCUGUGACGACAAAAGACAACAGCAGCCAUUGGUUCUCAUCUGUUCGUGUGGCAGAUCGAACUGUGGAAGCCAUGCUUCUGCGGGUCUAUUCACUCCUGGUGCUGAUUUACGAUGUACUGUCUCUUAUCUUCCUCAUUAUAAAGGCUUCUUUAGAAGCAUUUUACCAUGUCUUCUUUCCACCUCAUCAGAAGUCCGUAGGAGGAGAGAUUGUCCUGGUUGCAGGGGCAGGUUGUGGUAUUGGACGAGAAUUGGCCAUACAGUUCUCAAUUCUAGGAGCGACUGUCAUAUGUUGGGACAUACAGGCUGGUAGUAACGAAGAAACUGCGAUAAAAGCAGAGUCAUUGGGAUAUGGCGCUGUCAAAGCAUAUGCAUACACAUGUGACAUAACCAAAAGGGACCAGGUGCAUAAAACAGCACAGAGAGUAAAGAAAGAUGUAGGAAAUGUGACUGUGAUCAUAAACUGCUGUAACCUGCCCAGUCCACGUGUUCGUACUCGGCAUCCUGCCCCUGACGUCUGCAAGACUUUGGAUGUUGGCGUCAUGUCACAUUUUUGGAUACUGCAAGCCUUCUUGCCCAGUAUGCAACAGAAGAAACAUGGACACAUAGUGAUGCUUACUUCUGUCGCAGGUCUCGCUGGGAUCAGCAAUCUGGUGCCUCUCUCAGCAACUCAGUUUGCAGUCCAAGGUCUGGCUGAGUCCCUGAAUGAGGAACUGAGGAAUUACAGGUCCAGUGGAGACGUGAAACUCACACUGGUUCAUAUUUACCCAUUCAUCGUGGACAAUGAAAUGUCUACGAAUGUGCAACUAAGGAUUCCCAGUUACUUUGGGACAAUUGAGCCAGUAGCAGCAGCCAGGAAGAUAAUUGAUGCAAUGAGAAGAGACUACGUCGAGGUUAGCAUUCCCGGCUAUCUGCUAUAUGUUGGCAAAGUAGUAAGCCUCCUGCCUCGAAAAGCAAUUAUCGCUAUGCGUGAACUUCUAGAUACUGGUGUAGACUUUGGCUGAUGGGUGUUUGUUAUGAACUGUGAUUGGAAAGAAGCUGAAAUGUCUUGGAAUUGAAAAUAAAACUUCAUUUAUCUCAGAUUGAUGUACUUUGAGGAGCAAUUAUAUGUUAAUGUGUGGUAUGUGAUAUAAGUUGUUGAAUUCAGUCCUAACAUAUUCAUGUGUUUUGAAGUACUAUAAUUUUUUAAGCCAUUUAAUUAUUUCAUGUAAAAUGCUGUAAAAUAAAUUGUAUUUGUGCAUUAUAUGAAAAGA